CAGUCACCACCACCGGAUGGGAGGAGAGGCGGAGGAUAGAUGUGUUAGAGGAGGAAGAGGAGCGAGAACGGCAAAGGAGUGGAGGAACGAGUCGAGAAGAACUCCAGGUGUAUGAUUUUAAUCUGCUGAGACAAUCAAGACAGGAGUGUUGCCUCUUUCUCAUGAUCUCUACAUAUUAUUGAAAAUUUCACUUUAUGUCAAGGCGAGCGAGUGUCGGUUCGCUCACUCCUGACGCGUAAGGUUACACGCCUUUGGGCAUCACCGUCGAUGAAGGAUGGUGGGCACGACUAUGUAGGGGUAAUCUCACCACAAAGUAUUGUUGCGAACUGCCGAGGAAUAAACGAAGGGGAGGGGGGGCAAACUAUGAUCCGAGGAUGAUUUCUGCAAAGAAAACUCUGGAGGAGAGUCGUUAUCCUGUCCACUAUCUGGUGUGGCACAACAAGCACCGUCAGCUGGAGAAGGAGCUGGCAACCAGCGAGCAGACAGAUGUAGAGUCUCUGGACCCUCGUGGACGGACUCCUCUCCACCUGGCUGUCACUUUGGGGCACCUGGAUUGUGCCAGGGUCCUGCUGCAGCACGGCGCUGACGUUAGCAAGGAGAACCGUAAUGGCUGGACCGUUCUUCAGGAGGCGGUGAGCACGAGGGACCCGGAGCUGGUGCGUCUCGUGCUGCGUUACCGUGACUACCAGAGGACUGCCAAGAGGCUGGCGGGCAUCCCCGUCCUGCUGGAGAGACUACGCCAAGCGCAGGAUUUCUAUGUGGAGAUGAAAUGGGAGUUUACAAGCUGGGUGCCCCUGGUCUCUCGUAUAUGCCCCAGUGACACCUACAGAGUGUGGAAGAGUGGACAGUGUCUCCGUGUGGACACCACCCUGAUGGGGUUUGAGCAGAUGACCUGGCAGAGAGGCAACCGCAGCUUCAUUUUCAGGGGCCAAGACUCCAGUGCAGAGGUGAUGGAGGUGGACCACGACAGACAGCUGGUGUUCUGCGAGACCUUGUGCGUCUCAUCUCUUACGGCGCUCUCUCCUGGCAGAGGGAAAGCCGGCGCCUGCAAGGGCACCUGUGCUGCACUGGGUCUACUGGGUGCGACGCAGCCCAGCGAUGAGCAGGUCGCAGCCAGGCUGUCUGCGCCGGUGGUGACCACUCAGCUGGACACCCGAAACAUCGCCUUUGAGAGAAACAAGACUGGCAUCCUGGGCUGGAGGAGCGAGAAGACGGAGACAGUGAAUGGAUUUGAGGCCAAGGUCUAUGCAGCAUCCAAUGUUGAGCUGAUUACCAGGACCAGAACUGACCAUCUGACGGAUCAGAACAAGAACAAGACGAAAGGAGGCAAGACUCCGCUGCAGAACUUCCUCGGGAUUGCAGAACAACACAUGAGCUCUAACAAUGCGGGAAACAAACAUCAGGAACAAAAAGCACAUGAAGCUCUGGUGACACAGAUGUCAUCCCCGGUGGUGACAAACCCCGCCGCGCUGACGGCUGAGGAGUACUUCAACCCCAGUUCGACGCAGCAGACGCUGAGGGACAUCGGCCACCCGUGCCAGCUCACCACCAAAACCCAGAGGUUUAAAGCCAAGUUGUGGCUGUGCGAGACCCAUCCUCUGUCCCUGGCGGAGCAAGUGGUGCCUAUUAUCGAUCUCAUGGCCAUCUCCAACGCUCUGUUCGCCAAGCUGCGUGACUUCAUCACUCUGCGGCUGCCGCCUGGUUUUCCGGUCAAGAUUGAAAUCCCCUUGUACCACAUACUAAACGCCAGGAUCACCUUCAGCAACCUAAAUGGCUGUGAGGAGGGGGCCGGCCUCCGUCCAGACAACGAAACCGGGCUGGAAGGGGACGGCCAGAGGGACGCCCCGAGGACAGACACUCCGUCUCCAGGCAGCGACUCCUCCAGCGUCUCCAGCUCUAGUUCCACUAUGUCGUGCCGAGCAGGAGAGAUUCCCCCGUGUGUGUUUGAGCCUCCGCCUGGAUACACCAUGCUAGGAGGCAAACAGAGAGACAGCAUGAGGGAGGAGGAAGAAGACUUACUGCAGUUUGCUAUACAGCAGAGUCUGCUGGAGGCCGGAUCCGAAUAUGAUCAGGUGACUAUCUGGGAAGCGCUGACCAAUAGCAAGCCAGGAGCACACCCCCUGUCCUGUGACCCAAGUCGUGUAGAAAGGACGCCUCAGCACAAGCCCCGCCCUGCUGCCAGCCUCUGCUCCACCCCCUCCAAAAAGGGGGUGCAGCCGCCCAGCUGCACCUAUGACGAGCAGCUGCGCAUCGCCAUGGAGAUCUCGGCCCGGGAACAGGAGGAGGCGGACCUCCGGCGGCGGCAGGAGGAAGAGGAGCUUCAGCGAAUCAUCCAGCUGUCCCUGAUGGAGAAGUGAGAGCCUCGUUGGCGGCGGCGAUGGUGGGGAAUGGUCUGAACUGAGGACAUGUUGGGAUAAGAGGGAAGAAACGACCACCUGGGAAACUUUAAGCACAUUCUAACUGCCUGAAUCAUCUUAAUGAAACAAUGAAGUGCUUCUCUGUCCUCCCUUCGCCUUCGUCAGACCUUUCCCCUGAAGCCGCUCAGUGAUGAAGAUGGCAGCUGGAGAGGGACACUUUUUUUCCUCUCAGCGGCACCACAUGGUACCUUGUUGAGCAGGGCCAGUUUACAACCAACAAUACCAGUUUUCUUUGCAGCAGGGUCAUCAGUGCUCCCUCUGUAGUGUUUCUGCUCCAGCAUUACCAAUACACACACACACAGAGACACACACACACACACACACACCUUGAGCCUUUCUGCCACUGAACCAUUUGAUUUUCAGUCUUAAAAUGGAAAAAAAAUUGACAAGUGAGGCUUGUGUUGUUAGAAGUGAGAUGAAUGUCAACAAACCAGGAGAAAGUUGUCAAGUUUCCAAAUAUUCAAAAAUAACAUGCAGGUACGUUUAUUUACUUGCUUUUAAUUUCCAUGAAGUCAACACGUACUGUACUGAGCUUUGCUGGUGGAUCACAUAUAAGACUGUUAGUGGUGGUUUUUUGAUGAGUUUGAGCACAAAGCAAAGUCGGGCCAGUUUAGGUUUUAGACGCAGGACGUGGCUGCAGGAGGCGCAGCAGCUCCACUGUAUGAGAAUGACUGUGCUGAAACUAAUAAAGGACUAAUGUUAUUGUUCUGUAAGCUGUCUGUGGACUAGAUAUGUUAUUGGAAGAAAUUUAUACUCACAAGAACCGAUUAUUUUUUUCUUUUCUGUGUUUCUCUUCGCUCACUGGUAUAAACUGAUAUAAACAAUAUUUCAGCAUGAUGUGCGUCCAUGAGAGGGUUUCCUUGUUGUGCGACCUGAGCCUGUGUCGGAGCUCUGGACAUGCGGUACGAGUGAGCUGACGUUAACAUAUUAAUAAUAAUAAAAAAUAAUGAAUGUUUGCAAAUAAUUGUAAGUAACUUGAUGUUGCAAGGCUCAGGCCAAUCCAAAUGUUGUGAGGCACUAGCCAAUCAAAAUGCAAGGGAAAACAGAGAAUUUUUUUAAAGAUAAUUUCUCUGAAACUAAUGUUUACCACUACAAUAUCAGCACAAACUGAGAUUUCCUCCUGUCUGUAAUUAUAGUAGAUUUUCUUUGUGUUGAAAGGAUUUAAUUUAAGUUUUUUCUUUUGUUUUUACUUUGUAAAAACAGUCGUUGCUGAACACCAAUGCAUCGAAAUGUUUUCAAGAUGUACCCUGCAAAGUGGAUUCUGAUGAUUCAAAUAAAGAAACACCUUUUGGAACAUGAG